ACUGGAUACACAUACUAGUAUAUAUAUAAUUACUAUAUUUAGGAUAGUCAGCUACGUACCGCUACGACUAUCCAGCAUUUGCGUGCUGCCGCAACGGGAAUUGUAAGAAAUUCUCAAUUAAGUACUCGUAUCGCUGCUUAGUGCUUACCAGUUAACGCCGCAUCAAUCGCAAAUUAUGAACAACACGCAUCCGUCCCAGUCCUUAUCAAUAAUGCCGGCGUGUCUGCAUCCUGUAAUAUCUGGCUGUAAUUGCUGUCGUGGCCUCAUAGAGCAUGCAUGCCAUGCAUCCAGCUGCUGUAUAUGCAUAUAUAGGGUACAAUAAAAGUAAUAAUCACGCUAAUUAAAGGAGCACGACACAGAUGCGCCAGCAAGGGAAAGAAAUCCUCUAACACAACCGGAGUACCGUACCACCAGGUUGAACACACGUUUUACAGAAUUACAGCCAACCUUCAAAUGCCAGCAGGCCCAGAUUGCAAUCUACGCAUGUACGUACAGACUAGGGAGCCGGUAUUUUUGCCUUGUAGAUUGUUAACAUUGUUGCUUGCCGAUCGGUGGAUAUAUUAUAUUUUGUUGAGCAGCAACAAUUUUUACGUGCCAGCUGCAUCCGCAAAUUAAACAGCGGUCAAACCGGUUAAAUAGCCUACACUACUCUGUAGUCAUGCCAUUGUUCCAUGCGUCGUUAACGUUCCGUGUGGCCCACGUGCGAGCAGAUGUGGACCGGUACAAACUAGAGGAACACCGUAUUUCCGACCAUCAAGUCAUCAGAAGCUGCGUCAACCACCGGCAGGCGGCGGCCGAGCGGAGGAGAAUCCGGUGACCUUUAAGGUUGCCAUCCAUUAUGACAGUUUCCCGUAACCGGUACAGAUUACAGAACAUGGCCUAUGCAGUCAUAUUUACGUGCAGUGUCUGUAUAUGCAGCAAGCUAAAAAGCAGUUCAAUCAUCGCAUAUAAGUCAGGCCGGCGCAGUGAAUUUCAUAAUGCAGUUUCUUAAAUCUGUUUCUUAAAUCUUAGAUCCGUAGUAGUGUCUGUGUCAUUCAGUUGCAACGCGAAGAUCAAAUGGCGCCGCAGGGUGCAUGUGUCGUGAUCAUCGCCUGGUCGAACGCUUCCGCUGAGGUCAUGUUGUGGCAACAAUGCAAUGCAGCCGGCUUUUCGUUUUAGUAAUAAGUAUACAGUAAUAAACGUACGUGCACGCAGUGUAAAAUAAGUUCAGUUCGGUGGUGUGCAUGUUCACGUGGCUCACCCAUCUCUUAUAAUAUUAUCGCGGUAGCAACUGCCUACGAAUAAACAUCGUCCGUGUCUUCUGUGUACUGCAACGUCGUCAACAUCGUUCUCUGCUUCCAACUCGCAACUCUCUCCACGAUUACGUACGCGGUCUAAAUCAGCAAUCGCACAACAGCACGAUACUAGGCUGGGAUCUUUCACAUCCAUACGUGCCCUCUUCUUUCUGGACACCGGAAGUCGGACGCAUUUGUGCUCCGGCAGUGGAUACGCUCUACACCGCGUACAGUUUUAUAUCUUUUUAUAGAACCGACGCCGCUCUCAUGUAAGCACUGAGCACACUAAUCAUUACAGCCUCUGCGGGCAUUUUGAAUAUACUUCUGGAUAUUUCUUGGACCAUGUGUCGAUGUCGGAAGGCGAUCAGAUUACGGUUAAAAGGACUGCCAACCAUGAACCCGUAAACGAUGGAUGAACGUGAAUUCCAUUAGCCAAUUGUCGGCGGUCGACGGCAAGACGCAACUAUCCUUCCCUCCCGGGAAUGGGCUGGACGGCGCCCCUCCGCGCCCUCCUUCUGACCGGAUGCGCCACCCUUCUCCUGCUGCACUACGCCGGGCCCCCGACCCACACCUUCCGCCGCACCGAAGGCGCCCACCGAACGGACCGCUCCGGACGUCGCGCUCCCCCUCCCGACGCUGUCCCGGUGGGCGACCGGCGUCUGCCCACUGUGGCGGACAUCUUCAACCCCGAGUGCGGCCGCUUCAACGGCAGCGUGCAGGCGCCCUACUUCCUGGACUACACCGCCUCCGUCCGCACCUUCCCCACCUGGACACCGCGCCAGCCGCUCCCGCCCGGCCGCUACCACUUCGCCAUCAUGACCUCGCCCAAACACUACUUCUACCGCCGCGCCAUCCGCGAUACCUGGAUGAAAACGCUGCAGCUGGAGGCGGAGUGGCAUCUCAAUGCCGGCUGCGCGGAUGCGCACGCGCGGACGGGCUCGGCGCGCUUCUACGUCGGGCAGACGGCGGAGCUGCGGGUGGCGCAGCGGCUGGCCGAGGAGUUCCGCCAGUUCCCCGACGACAUGGUCUUCAUCCAGUUCUGUGAUGUCUACGAGAGUCUGCCGCUCAAAACCUACAAUGUCUUUCACACCCUCCACGCCACUCUUCCCGCGUCGGUAGAAUGGGUGGUAAAGAUCGACGACGACGUGCUGCCCAACCUCUUCCUCCUGAUGGACUGCUUCCCGCCCCUCACCCAGCUAGUAGCCGCCGCUCCGGGCGGUGAGUUAGUGCAGAUCCUGGGGAGCGUGGGCGUGAACAAGAGCACGGAGGAGCGCUACGACCCGCGCUACAUCAUCCCGCGGCAGCGCUACAACGCCUCGCUGUACCCGCCCUUCGCGCACGGACCCGCCUACCUGGUGGGGCGGCCGGCGGUGGGGGCGCUGUUGGCGGCGGGGCGCCGGACGCCGCUGAUCAACCUGGAGGACGUGUGGUGGACGGGGCUGGUGGCCAGCCGGGCGGGCCUGCAGCUGCGCAACAUCCACCGCUUCGUCCUGGGCGGCAUCAACGUGUGGAAGCAGCUAGCCGGCGGACACCACCGCACCGACAAGGCCGUCUGGUUCUACCACGACAUCGGGCCCAAACUGCUGGUCAAGUACUGGCCCAACAUCACGCAGUGCUGCGGCUGCUUCAGUCAGCACUGCUGGAUCUAUCAGGCGGUACGGAUCUAACGCGUCCUUCCUUCCUUCCUGCUCGACAACGGCGUACGAAGGUGUUCAGCGUGCUACUGCCAUGUUUAGAAUGAUUGCGCUGUACGUUUACCUUUCUCGUGUAAAAAACACGUUCACGUUGAAUGAUCUCUUUUCUGGACAGAGCUAUAAUAUCUUAUGUGUCGCCGAUUUAACUGGAUGAUACAUGCACGUUAUUCUUAUGUUGUACUCGAAUAUCUGAUAAAUUCCUGAGAGGUGACUGA